AUGAAGAAAUGCUUCCUGAAGAAGUCCAACCUGAACCAGUAUCUGAAAGCCCAAUUAAAAUAUCGGCAGUGCAUUGCAAUUUCCUGCCUUGUCCUUGCAGCAGAAACCAAUGAAGAUGAGUUUUUAAAAAUUUUUUUACAGGUAAUACCAUCAGUGCAGACGCUAGCAGUGCAGAGCAGAUGUAAACACUCUCCAGCCGAGAUCUUGAGAAUGGAAAGAAUUAUACUGGAUAAGCUUCAGUGGGAUCUUUACACAGAAACACCAAUUGAUUUCUUAAACAUUUUCCAUGCCAUGGUGAUGUCCAGCUGGCUCCAUCUCCCACCCAGACUGCCUCAGAGGAAUCCUUCCCUCCACGUUGCACUCUUGACCAAGCAGCUGCAGCACUGUAUGGCCUGCCACCAACUCGUGCAGUUUAAGGGCUCCACGUUGGUUUUGGUGAUCAUCACCUUGGAGCUGGAGAGGCAGACUCCUGGUUGGUUUGUUGUUACUGCUGAUCUGCUAAAAAAAGCACAGGUGAACAGCACUGAAUUCAUGCACUGCCAAGAGCUUGUGGAUCUGGAGUUAAUGUGCUUGCAGGCACCCAAUGCUGUUAAUAUUUUCUAUCCCAUCAGCCAAGCUGUGCAGGGCCAUCCCAAGGCAAGGCUACCCUGCCCCCCUUCUGAAUGGCAGAGUUCCCAACAAGGGAGGCUGAGGGUUGCUGUAGCCAGCCUGUUUCAGCCCCUUAAUACAGCCCAAAUUCCUGAUCAAACCCCUGAGACUGAAGAAUGCUGAGAUGGAUUACUCCUGCACAGUGAGGGUGGGGAGGUGAGUGCUGGGAGGAUAAGCACAGGAGGAUCCUGCCCUCAGCUGAGCUGCUCCUGUCCUCCCUUACAGCCACCCAAAAAGGAUUUAUGGAGAAUUACUGCCUUGGAAGCAGCACCUGCAGAACCAGCAGGUCCCAGCAAACAGAACAGCCAGAACAACAGGGCAAAAGUGUCACUGUGCUUCUCAGAGGACAAAGACACUUGGUAUUUUCAGUCAGUUUUUUAUGUCCUCUCUAAGCAGUAUGUGCUACCCCUCACGUUUAAGAUUAUGUAAAGACAGAAAGCUGGGGAGAGGAGGGACUUGGUCACAGUCCUGCAGCCCAGGGUUCCAGUUGGCAGGCAGCUACAAACUUCAUGGAGAACCAAAUGCCUCAGAGUUUAUUUUUAAAAUAGCCAUGAUGAAGUUUGACAGAUCGAGCCUUUCAUCCAGCUCAUGCCAUUGUUCUCUCAUUAGAGCUGAUCUGGCUCAGCCCAUGGGAGCUGAACAGGAGCUGCUGCUGUCGAGGAAUGGGCAGCCCCCACUGCUGCCUUUGCAAGAGAUCUCAGAUGGAACCAAGGCUUUCAUUCAGCAGUGAGAAGCUUGAAUCAAACCUCCAGUUUUCCUUAAGGCCUUACCUUGUAAUCCAGGGGUCUGGGAUCUGUGCUUUUUCCUGGUUAAGCCAUUACAGACUCUGUCACAGUUCCUAUGAAAUGUGGGAAAUCACUUCUUGUCUACAAUCACCAUUGCCUUGAGCUCUCACCAACCAGCACAUGCUGGUGGGGGUUUUUAAAAUUUAUUCUGUCUUACUGGAUUAGACAAAAUAAAAUGCCUUUCAUAAUUCCCCUCCACCACUACAACCACAUUAUUUCUUACAAAUUGCUUCAUCUUCAUAGCAAAGUAGUUUCACAAAGGUCAGAAUAAACCACUCUUGCACUUUUAAAAACCAGCUUCAUAAAUCCUUUUAAAAUUAGUGGAGGUUUUGUUUUAAACAAUAGGCAUUUUUAGGUGAUUGUUACCCUAGUUUGAGGGUAUAUUCCAGCCAGUAUGGGAUGGGUAACAGCACCACACCUGCCAUCCUGUCACAGAACAGGAGGGGGACUGGCACAUAUGGACUGGCACAGGCUAAAUAUUGAGCAGGUGCCUCAUGUAAUGACAGGAUAAAUAACUGUGAGACAGAGAUGGGACAGGAGCAAGGAGACAAAGCUGUGCAACUGCACAACUCGUCAGUGCAAGAAGAACAUUUCUGGCCUUCUCCCCUUCUUUGUUGUCUUAUUCUGUAGAAGAGGAAUUCCUCCACUAACCAUGCAGGACUGAUGUGCUGAGCAGCUGUUCAUGCUUUCUCAAAUGUUAAAUUUGGCAGAGUGAGCUCUGUGUGUGCAGGGAGAAAGCCAUGCAGCUCUUGAAACCACAAAGGAGGCCCUUAAGUGUUCCAGUAACAUCUAGUAAUGGAGACUUAGCGCAAAUAACCUGUGUGAACAGACAAGAGUUGAACCAGCAGUGAAAGCCACAGAAUUCCCUUGAGUCAGGUCAAAGCUACGUCAGGCUGUGGAUGCUGUGGUGAGAGAGGGCCCUGCCCAGGCCUGGGAUGCUGCAGGAGCAGGACUUGGGGCUGGUUUAGGCCACAUGAGGUUUGUGAGGUCCCCACAUACUCAGGGGUCAGGCAGCAGCAUGCUUGGAACAUGGUAUUUACUCAUGCUACCACAGGGAGGGUUCUCAUUUAAUGCUAGGGCUCUUCCCUGCCCCUGAGCAGUGCCUUCCUUUUAUCUCACAAGCUGUGAGAUGACUGCCUGGCUUUUGGGAGGAGGGGAGUUGUCUUUUAUAGUUUCCACUAAAUAAAACAUCAGCUUGGUCUGCCUGUUCUCUGUGGCCCUGGAACAGCCCAGCUGAAAGGUGACGCCCACACCAACCCCUGCAGGAAACUGGGCUGUGUGAUGGGCUCUGCUUCCCUCCCAUCCCUUUGCCCUGUCUCAAGCAAUGCCCCCAGCUGUGUGUACCCGUGGAAAUGUCAGCAGCAGGGCUCUGCACACAGUGAUUAACAUGCUGUAACUCCAAACCACAACAACCCCAACCUCGUGUUUCUCCUCACAGCUGUGAGCCUACAGACACAGUUCUUGCCUGUGGCUGGAUGAGGUGUUAAAACCCAUGAACAAACUUGUUUUCAAAGUCUCUGCACAUCUCUAUGAUCAACAUGCAAAAGUACACAUUAACAGGGGUUAAUUCCAAAAGAUAAAGGCAGUGCUGGAGGCCCCUCAGGGCUCUGUGUUCCCAGUCAGGGUGCAAGAUGUCAUACUGGGAUGGGAACAGCUCACCUGGAGGCUGCCUGUGCUCCCAGGACACAUAGCUGCUUCUCUGGCAGCACAGCUCCCUCCACACACCUACUCCAGCACUGCAGUUACCACGAGGGAACAAACACUUCUGUCUUGGCUUCCACAGGCUAGAAAUGUCACUUACCUCUUGAUUCUGCCAUUGCUCAGAACGGAGCUUCCUACCCCAAAGGAUGAGCUGCCAGGCACAGGAAGGAGCUGAUCUUGCACAGGACCAUUCUUGUUACACAGGGAGAUUUUUGGAUAGUGAGAAUAAUAGCACCAAUUCUCUUUUUUCUAGCAGUACAGGGUCAGAAGCUUUAACACCUUUUCCCUCCCUACCUGGACAAGAAAUGAGUGACAAGAUGAACACUCCCCACACACAGCAGUGUCAGGAACAAUUAUUUUGCCCAGUGAGUUUCAGAGAGGAUGACAUCUCACCCCUGUGCCUACCUGUCUGGACUGUGUGUAUAACAUGAGUUUACUCCAACUGCAGCUCAACUCACCACUGCAGAUCCCAUUUGCUCCACAUCAGUUACUGGUGAAAAUGUGCCAGAUUCAGUGAGGGCUGGCACAGGUCUGAUGUGAUUAUGGCCAGCUCUGUGAGGAUUGUUGUUUUGGGGAUUAUUCACUCUCAGAAGAACUAAAGAGAAUGCUUGUAGAGUAUUUUCAAAGAGCUCUGACCUGGUAAGGUCCCUUCCCUUGGGGGAUCUUGGCCCAGGUGAGGCUCUCAAACCCAGACUCCUCUUGUUGUUGCCUCAAUUCAGACCAGAUUUCCAGAUGCCUGAAGCUAUCACCACCUUGUAAACAAAGCUGCAAUUACACCUGAAAUCCCCUAUGGUAAACAUGCACAGAACUCUUUUCUGUAGCUGUUUUAAACCACCUACAGAAACAGCAAAGCAUUUCAGAUCCUCUCACCCACCACAAUGCCCCCAUUCAUAACCCCAGCUAAAGGAACAAUGUCACAGCUCAUGGAGUCACCCAGGAACCACUGCAGGUGAGGAGGGAGCUGCCCCAUUUCUAGACAGCAGUCACUGGGGGUUUCUGACAAGAAACCUGACUCAGGGGCACUAAUUGUGGAGUGUGUGUGAUGACCUAGGAGAAAUGCUGCACAAAUAAAUAAACUCCUGUGGUCAGAGAACUGACCAAGAGACAAGAAAAACUGCAAUGGGAAGAGUAAUGCAAUAGUUAUACCUCAUUUGUGGCAUUACAGCAAUACAGUUAUUGGUUUUUUUUUCUCCUGCUAAUUGACUUUGUUGUGUUAAAUUGAAUUUGAGCAGUACUUACAGUUCAAUUCUUUAGGAAGGCAGAAAAGUGCACAGAGAUGGAGAGAUGCAUUAACUUCUGGCAGGUCUCAGAGCCCCCUCCCAUUCCUCCUCAGCAAGACAUGCAACUGGAAUCCCCCUGGUGACCUAACUAUGGUCAUGACAAAGAACUUAAUCAAAUCUGAGCAAUUUGGAAAAAGAACAAAAAGCUUCUAUUCCCAAUUCACUUAUCCUUCUGGGAAUCUAACUUGACAAAGGCUCCAAGCUGGAUGAAAGCUUUGCCAAAGGAAUUAGAGUGGCUGGCUCAAAAGAGAACACAAGCAAGUUUAGAACAGUCCCCAAAGCAGCAGCAAAACUGUACCAUGGCUCAGCUGAUGGUCACACACAGCUUCAGCUGUCCCACAGUUCAUGCAGGGAAGACAGACAUGAAGACAGACAGAGCCCUCCUAAGCAGCCUUCCAGCUCUGAAUUCAUGGCCCCAGACACAGCUGUGUCACACCUGGGGCUCCCCACCUGGUCCCACUUCCCCUGGCACCAGUGGUGCCUCAUCCCUGCCCACUGUGGCAGCAGGGACAGGCAGGGGUGACAAGCAUAGGGUGAAAAUGUUUGUCAUGAGGUUUCAUCCCUACUGCCUGCAAGUGGCAGCAUCCUCCACAGCUUCUCCUUGUGUCCAGUUCAGUCCUUUUCAGGCCACAUACCUGUUACAGCUGCAAUUGCCCAGCUCUGAGUCAGGCUAAGGGCAUCCAGAGGGUUUAGAGACUGUCACCUGUCCCACACCCUCUACACUUGUCCCAGAGCCUCUGCAGCAGCCUCUCUGUCUCUCGGGGGGCUACAGGGACACAAAGUCCUCUGUUGAGCCUUGGGGCUCCUGUCACACACACCCACACUCUGAUUCUCAGCCUCUGUCCCACUGUGGUCACACCACCAGCAUGAGGUAGGGGCACAGGGUGAGGGUGAGAUUUCUUCAAAGCUCCUGCCAAAGAUUGGCUUUUGGCCACUCCUCUCUGCCAGCCUGGGGCAGCGGGGAAAAGGGAGGGAGACUGGGGACAGCAGCUGCCAAGACACAGGGGUGCACAGGGGACAUCACACUUUAAUCAGAGGGCAACGGAGUUAAUGAGGGGAAACUGGGAUCACAGAGGGACACAGGACAUUGUUCUGGUUAUACUUGGUGCACAAACCAUGGUUUUAACAGAUGUUUGUUAAACAAGUCAGUUUUGUUUUUAUUAAACCCAGCUUUGGUACAGGUCAUUCCUGAGAUUCAUUUACAAGGUUGUUUAAAACAAAGAUAAACUGGGGCCUCUCCCUGUUCCUGUGUGAAGUUACUGGGGCACAGACAUCACACUUUGUUUUUCCCCUUUCCUUUUCUUAAAGAAAAGUGUUUGUGUAAGGGGAAGUCAGUCUGUUACAAACACAGAACUUACACCAGGAACACUGAGUCUCCAGCUUUAAACCAUUUCUUCUCCAUUAAUAAAUAACAUUUAGUUGUGCUUUAACAUGGCUCCCUUAGCACCCAUCACACCCCAGCAGGAUGAGCAGAGCCCAGACUGGCCAGGCAGGGUCACCUGGCCCAAAGCAGCAGAGGGGAGGUGGGCAGGGAGCUCUGGGGAAGGGGUUAUGGUGUAAGGCACCAAGUGCAGCCCUCAGAAAACCAAAGAGAUGAAGGUUGGGGCAUUUUGGUUAUAAAACCUGUAA